AUGGAGAACUUUGAUUACAACCAACAGGACUUCCCGCAUUUCCAGCCUGAAUUUGAUCCUUCGAACACGUUUUUAGGGGAUCACGAGCAGGCCCAAGAGCAUGGUUCGACCCAGGAAAAGAGGGUCAACUCAGGUGAGUCUGGGUACGGGAGCCAGUCGGCAACGCUGAUGAACGAUUCAGAAACCGUGGGGAUAUUUGAAGGAAUAGCUCCCGAACUAGACAAUAGGGACCGCAGCGAGAGCCACAGCGGAGAUUACAAUAGCAAUAAUAGCGGUAAUCCGAACGGCCACGGACAUGACGCCGAUGAAGACCAAGAUUCAAACCAUGAAACUCAAAACUCAUCGUCAUCGUCGCAUAAGCCAAAGUCCAAGAGGACAAGGGCGACUGGAGAAGCACUCGAGAUUCUUAAACGGGAGUUUCAAAUGAACCCAAGUCCUAACGCACAAAACAGGAAAAGAAUAUCUGAGUUAACAGGUCUUCCGGAGAAAAAUGUGAGAAUAUGGUUCCAAAACAGGAGAUCCAAGUACAGAAAAUCAGAUAAACGCAUGGGAGGGCCAGGAGCCACAGAUAAUACUACCUUAGUCUCAAGCUUUGAGUUCGAUAAGAUCCCUCUUACAAUAAACUCUAGCUACUAUUUUAUCGAUAUCUCAUCGCUUACAGUGGGCUCUUGGAAACGUCUAAAAAGCGGGAAUCUAAGAAGCGAAUCUUUGCCUCAAAUACAAAAACUAUCAAACUUAUCACCAAUAUCUAUUAAUACAAUCAUGGCAAACGCCACUGACCUAAUGGUCCUGAUAUCAAAGAAAAAUUUUGAAAUAAAUUAUUUCUUCAGUGCUAUUGCUAAUAACACUAAAAUAUUGUUUCGGAUUUUCUUCCCAAUAAAUUCGGUCGUAAAUUGUUCAUUGUCCCUUGAGGCAACCGAAUCUCUAAGAUCAGAUAAUAAAAACUCGAAUCAACAAGCAGGCGCAGAAGACAGUAAUGAUUCGGGACCAUCUAAAAUUGCUGAACUAAGACUUUCUCUUUCGAAAUCUCCAAAAUUCGCCGUUUAUUUCUCUGAAACUCUUGAUGAUGGCUCAAGUAAUCAAUGGUCUAUUUGCGAAGAUUUCUCUGAAGGAAGACAAGUCAACGAUGCGUUUAUUGGGGGCUCCAACAUGCCACACGUUCUUACCGGAUUGGACGAAUCACUUAAAUUCAUGAAUUCAUUGAUUCUUGAUUUGAAUAGCACUGAACACUUUGCUGCCCCUCAUACACAAAUACAACACGGAAUAAUGAAUUCCUUAGCACCUACAGAGCCCAAUAUACCGGCUUUAAAUUUUAAUGACGACCCUAAUCUAAUACCUCACGACUCUACGGCAAAUAUGUCUCAUAAUAUCCAAUCAUCUUUCCUAACUACAAAUGAUAACUUUAACUCGAUGACUUUCGAUAAUUUUUCUUCUAAUAUACCAAAAACUCCGGACUUCCUAAACUCAAGCAAUCUACAAGAAAGCCAAGGUAUGUCAACUUUAUUGUUUCAAGACCAACAGUCAAAUGGGUCAACACACUAA